GGUUCCGUCCACGCCCGCCCUGACAAGUGUAGGGGUGUCCUGUGGUCUAGUCCGAGAGCGCUUUUCCGAGAGAAGCGCGAAGCAGGCCAAGUCGCACCUCUGCGCGCCGGGCCGAGCCGUGAGCUUGGCGCGUCUGUCCGCCGGGGUCACCCGCCGGGGCCAGGGAGCCUGUGGGAGUCGCCGGUCCCUCGGUCCUCGCUGUCCGCGAUGGCGGCGGCACUGGUGGACCCGGCGCAGGAAAAGUGGAGCAGGCGCCUCACUCAGUUUGUCUCCAGCCUCAGCACACGGGGAGCUGGAUACACAGACAGUAGGCAGACCGUGCUUAAAAAUAGGACCUGCAGCCACAGUCUGUACCAGCCUGCCCAGUUUUCUGGCCAGAGGCCCCCUUUGAUACAAUAGGCACUUCUGGAAGUCAGCCUGCUCUAAGUCAUGCUUGUAGAAAGCAGAUUACCAUCUCUUGUGACAGUCCCCGAAGCCAAUAACUUCUGUAACAGGCAGCUCCAUACGGCCAGGAUUUGAUUAAUAACCGGCUGCCCUCGUUUUUGUUUCUGCUUCUAAUGUAAGUUCAACCAGAGAAAGCCAGUUACACACCUCUCACUAAUCAGGUAGGUUGCUUCUUUACUGGUUUCCCUUACUACAGCUUCCCCGUACCAACAGUGCCAGGCCUGCCUAUGGGGGCUUAACUGGUUGAAAGAAAAAUGAGGCUGCAGGCCCUGGUCUCCCAUCACAUGGCUAAUCCAGACUCCACACUUCUGCACAUCCCUGCUCAUCUGCUGUGGCUAACCGCUGUGAUCUCAUCUUUCCUUCCCUCUUCCCUGGCUCACAGCUAUUUAGGGACACCUGCCCGACUCUGCAAUGUUCUAUUCGCUCUCCCAGCCUUUGCCCUUGUAGCUCACUCUGCCUAGCACUGUCCUGAGAUCUCUUUGAGACCAACCUUUGCAUUUUUGGGAGGUUCUGCUCACAUGUCACUUCUUUGGAGAGGCUGUUCCUGGCAGUUUAGGCUAAAGUGGGCCUUUUUGUGUGUGUGUAGAUAAUCUAGCCCAACUUUUAAAUGCUGCUAAGUUGAGGUUUUUCAGGAUGUUUUGGAAUAAAAAGCAUAAGUGGUAAAACAAGACCCCGUAAUAACUGACUUUGACUCUUCCAUGUGAGCGUUAUUCAUCACCUCAUUUAAUUUUGAUACCUGAGACUUAGGUUCUGUUAUUACCUCUAUUUUACACCAGAAUGGUACAGACUGACAUGUCUUAACUCUCCAGUGUCAUUCAGCGCUGAAGUAGAAGUGACCCUUUGUAUGUGGACUAUCAGAGCUUUUUUUUUUUUUUUUGCACUACCAGGGAUUGAACCCAAGACCUUGUGCUUGCUAGGCAUGCGCCCUGCCAUUGAGCUACAGUCCCAGCCCUUAAGCCUUUGUUUUUACAGCCAGUGGCUGGGAAGCUGUUCAAGAGAUACCUGAAGAAAGCUUGGCAAGGUGAGCAGGUGAGGAGGGCUCCUUCAGCAAAGAGCUGCCUUGGUCAUUAGGGAGCGGAGCAGACAGAACUGGAUAAAGGUGAGGUGUAUUGGUUAUUUAAGGAGGGCUGAGAGGGCCUGUGAGGCUGCAUGGCUCUCCUCCAACACCCUUGAGAUUUUUCCUGGAAAGGCAAGAUCGCAUGGUGUUUGGCUGGAUGUUCCUUCCACCUUUCACUGUACAGCACUGUGACCAGGAAAAGCCUGUGUUUUCAUGACCACAAACAGCGUUCCCUCAGCCAUGUGAAAUUUCUGGUCUGGAAGUACACUGGUUUCAAGGCUAUCGGCUGACAGUGCUUGGUGGGAGGAGGGAAAGGCUCAUGGUUCCUUGUGCAGACUUCCUAGAAGUAUGUAAAACCUAGGGAGGUAGACGGAGAGAAUGAGCUGUCCCAGGCCCUGGCACUCCCCAGGGCUUUGGCAUCCCAUGGGAACUUCUCUAUAAGUUUGGUGAUUAGGACUCUGCACACAUCAGAGGUAUUUGGAGGAGCUGCUGAAACAGACUGACUGAUUAAAAAUUGGUAGAAAUGGCUCAUGAAUUUCCCACUGUAGAUUUAUAUUGAUGGUAGAAGAUGAUUGGUGUUACCUUUAAAAUCUGGGCAGCAAUCCUGUCUCUAAGGAUAAGAUGUGAGACUGGUUGAAUUUGGGAAGGUCUUCUGGCCUCAGGUCACUGUGACAUAGAUUUGACUGAUGGUGGUGUUAACCUCAGAAGCUGGGAAAGGAUCAACGAAAGUCCUAAAGCCCAUGAAGCAGGAAAUAUUUUCUCCCUGUGUAAUGAAUAUUAUUGACAAUGUGGGAAUUGCCGUGUUAAUCUGGAAGUCAAGGCUCAGGGGUGAAGUGAGGUUGCAAAGGUUGCACAGCCAUCAAGUGUCUGUGUUUUAGGAGUUUGGAUUCUGAUUCCAAGAGUCUCACUUAGAUCUGUGGAUGUGUAGUCACUAACACAGAAGGUGAAGCCCUCAGCCUGGGGCAGGCACCGGGCUGGACCCGUGAGGCUCAGGUAUUGCUGCUGUCAUUGGAAUCGUCAUUGUCACUGAUUUUCUCUCAUUCCUCUAAUGUCUGGAGCCCUGACUGUCCAUCUCACAGCCCAGUUUCCUUUGCCGAAUUAUCUGAUGGCUCCCGCACAGAAGGGCUAUCUCCUUUGCACUGCUGCCUUCUGUCCACAUCCCCAUCUCUUGCCCCCUUGAGCUCAGCGCAGAACGUGGCCCUCAGGAAGUGUGGUGUCAGCAGGGCUGUGCUGUCUCUCUGCUGUUUCCAGCCAACCAUGUAAGACAGCCCAUAACUUCUAAUUGACCCUCCAGGUGCCUGUGACCUUCGAGGAUGUGGCCGUGACCUUCACCCAGGAGGAGUGGGGGCAGCUGGACCUGGCUCAGAGGGCCUUGUACCAGGAGGUGAUGCUGGAGAACUGUGGGCUCCUGGUCUCACUGGGGUGUCCUGUUCCCACACCUGAGCUGAUCCAGCAGCUAAAGCACAGGCAGCAGCCGUGGACAGCGAGGCUGGUCUGUGCCCAAAGCACACAGUCAGAUGACAGUGGAAAAACCAAAGCCACAGAAUCCACCACGUCUGAGCCAGCCUUGUGUGAGGGAGCCGGGCUUCAGGGGCAUUUGUCGAGUGGAGCCUCCCGGGGCUCCCCAUGGAUGCAAGCUCUGUGUCAGGGCCGCCCGCCAGACAGGCAGGAAGGAUGUUGGAGAUCAGGGGGUCAAGCCCUGAGGGAGAAGCUUCCCAGGAGCUCGAGCGCUGGCCCUGGUGGCUUAGGGACCGAAGAUAGAGUGCAUCUGAGGGCUGUGCAGGAGCAGGUUCCUGCAGGAGAUGCAGGAGAUGUGCCACCCUGUGCAGCACACAGCCCCAGGGGAGAUGCCGUGACCAGGGAGCAAGAGGAAAACAUCUUCCGGUGUGGCGAGUGCGGGAAGGUGUUUAACAAGAAACGCCUUCUUGCUCGACACGAGAGGAUCCACUCUGGCGUGAAGCCCUACGAGUGCGUCGAGUGUGGGAAGACCUUCAGCAAGAGCACCUACCUCCUUCAGCACCACAUGGUCCACACCGGGGAGAAGCCGUAUAAGUGCAUGGAGUGUGGCAAGGCCUUCAGCCGAAAGUCACACCUUACGCAGCACCAGCGCAUCCACAGUGGAGAGAAGCCUUAUAAAUGCAGUGAGUGUGGAAAGGCCUUCACCCACCGCUCCACAUUUGUCUUGCAUAACAGGAGCCACACUGGAGAGAAGCCUUUUGUGUGCAAAGAGUGUGGCAAAGCCUUUCGAGAUAGGCCGGGGUUCAUUCGACACUACAUCAUCCACAGUGGAGAGAACCCCUAUGAGUGCUUCGAGUGUGGGAAGGUCUUCAAGCACAGGUCGUACCUCAUGUGGCACCAGCAGACCCACACGGGUGAGAAGCCCUACGAGUGCAGCGAGUGUGGGAAAGCAUUUUGUGAGAGCGCGGCCCUCAUCCACCACUACGUCAUCCACACCGGGGAGAAGCCCUUCGAGUGCCCGGAGUGCGGCAAGGCCUUCAACCACAGGUCCUACCUCAAGAGGCACCAGCGCAUCCACACUGGGGAGAAGCCCUACGUGUGUGGCGAGUGCGGGAAGGCCUUCACCCACUGCUCCACCUUCAUCUUGCACAAAAGGGCCCACACUGGAGAAAAGCCCUUCGAGUGCAAAGAGUGUGGGAAAGCCUUCAGCAACCGGGCAGACCUCAUCCGCCACUUCAGCAUCCACACAGGAGAGAAGCCCUACGAGUGCACGGACUGCGGCAAGGCCUUCAACCGCAGGUCAGGCCUCACCAGGCACCAGAGAAUUCACAGUGGCGAGAAGCCCUAUGAAUGUGUCGAGUGUGGGAAGACCUUUUGCUGGAGCACAAAUCUCAUCCGCCACUCCAUCAUCCACACAGGAGAGAAGCCCUAUGAAUGCAAUGAAUGCGGAAAGGCCUUCAGCCGAAGCUCCUCACUCACACAUCAUCAAAGGAUGCACACGGGGAGAAACCCAGCCAGUGCUGGAGAGGAGGGACGGCCUUUCACAAGUGCACAAGCCUCUGUCAACAUCCAAGAACUUCUACUGGGAAAUGACUUCUUGAAUGUAACCAGUGAAGAAAAUCUUUUACGGGAGGAAACAUCUUACACGGCAUCUGACCGUUCAUACCAAAGAGAAAGCCCCCAGAUGUCUUCACUAUGAGGAAACCCUUUGUGGAGUGUUGUUGCCAUCUGAACACUCAUGCUAGAAAUGGACCCAACUUGGAACAUUAUGCUUUAUCUGAGAUUUCAUCCAGGAGAGAGACCCAGUGGUUAUUUUGCACUGAGGAAAAUCUUUAGCUACAUUUUCCUCCACAGUUUACAGUGCAGUGUUAUCUCAGGAAUUUUUAUUAAAAGGAAGUGACAGAAGAGACAAUGAAAUGCAAGCAAUGCUUCUUUCACACUACCCUAUAAAGUCUGUGGCACUUGUUCAUUCUUAUUCGGGUGGGGAGGGUUGGUUUAAGAGGUAACAGACCUUGACCCUUUGUUUGUAUUGUGUAUAUGUUCAUUGCUGUCCAGUGAUAAAAGAGUUAGAAUGUUGAGAGCAAGUGUAGAAAUGUACUGAAUAUCUUCUUUGUUCUACCUUGUUGUUUUUGUGCACCAUAGGUUUUUAUGAGAAAUAUGAAGACUUGAAUAAUGAAAUCCUUUUAUAUUUAAAGCGAGAAGGCAAAACAGGUGGAUGUAUGUGAUGUUGGGAAAUUGAAUCCAAGAUCAUGAGCAUGUUAAGCAUGUGCUAUACCACUGCACUACACCUGCAGCCCC